AUGGCGGCUGCCCGCGCUCUAGGGCGCCAUGGUCCCCGGGCCGGGCCCCGACAUCAACAGCGCCGGGAGGAGCCGCUCCCACUCCCGCCGCCGCCCGCCCGGGAGCCGCCGCCCAAGCCCGUUUGCCGCCACAGCCAAACUUGGCGGCGCCCGAGCGGCCGCCCCCCGACGCCCCGCCCCCGGCCGGCCCCGUUAGGCGGCGGACGCCAUCGCUCCCCACGCCGGCGCCCGCCGCGGCCGGGGAGACCCGCCACGCCGGCGCCCCAUCCCCGAGCACGAGCCGGAGGGGGGGUGACGAAGGGGCGACUCGUCACGGGGAGGACCGAGAGCAAGGGCUGCGUCCGGAGAGACCCGGAGGCCUGGGCGGCCGCCCUCGCGCGGAGCGGCGCGCACUUCCGCCUCGGGAGCCGUCAUGGCGGCCGCGCCCACGUGACCCGGCUCGCGCUUCCGCCCUCCGGCCGCUCCCGGCCGCCCUCCCCUCCCGCUUCGGCGGCGCCUUGGCAGUCUGGCCUGCGGACUUGGACGACGCCGGGCUCCCCUCCGCAGUGCCGCCGCCCACACGGGGAAACCCGAAAAUACCCAGAGAAAAUGACACACUGGUUUCAUAGGAACCCAUUAAAAGCCACAGCGCCUGUCUCCUUUAACUACUAUGGUGUGGUCACUGGCCCUUCCGCUUCAAAAAUGUGCAGUGACUUGAGAUCAUCCAGAGCAAGAUUACUGGAACUGUUCACCGACUUGAACUGUACCCCAGAAACCAUGAAGAAUGCAGCGGACUCUUAUUUUUCACUUUUACAAGGUUUCAUAAAUUCGUUAGAUGAAUCUACCCAAGAAAGCAAAUUAAGAUAUAUUCAGAACUUCAAGUGGACCGAUACAUUACAAGGACAGGUUCCAAGUGCCCAGCAGGAUGCUGUUUUUGAGUUGAUUUCCAUGGGAUUCAAUGUUGCUUUGUGGUACACCAAAUAUGCUUCGAGGCUGGCUGGAAAGGAAAACAUAACAGAAGAUGAAGCAAAAGAAGUCCAUCGCAGCCUCAAAAUUGCGGCUGGAAUUUUCAAACAUUUAAAGGAAAGUCACAUCCCACGCCUUAUCACGCCUGCAGAGAAGGGGAGAGAUUUGGAGGCACGGCUGAUAGAAGCUUAUGUUGUCCAGUGUCAAGCUGAAGCUCAAGAAGUGACCAUUGCUCGGGCAAUCGAACUCAGACACGCCCCAGGACUAAUUGCUGCGCUGGCUCAUGAAACAGCCAAUUUCUAUCAGAAAGCUGAUCAUACUUUAUCCAGUUUGGACCCUGCAUACUCAGCGAAGUGGAGGAAAUAUCUUCACCUGAAAAUGUGUUUCUACACAGCUUACGCUUACUGCUAUCACGGCCAGACCCUGUUGUCAGGUGAUAAGUGUGGAGAAGCAGUUAGAUCUCUCCAAGAAGCAGAAAAAUAUUUCGCCAAGGCAGAAGCAUUAUGCAAAGAAUACGGAGAAACCAAAGGGCCUGGGCCAACAGUCAAACCCUCAGGACACUUGUUCUUUAGGAAACUGGGGAGUCUUGUGAAAAAUACCCUAGAAAAAUGUCAGAGAGAAAAUGGAUUUAUUUACUUCCAAAAAGUUCCCGCGGAAGCCCCACAGCUAGAACUCAAAGCAAAUUACGGCCUUGUAGAACCUGUCCCUUUCGAAUUUCCUCCUACAAGUACAAACUGGACACCAGAGAUGUUGGCAGCUUUUGAUCUCACCAGAAGACCCAAGGAUGACAGUGCCAAACCCAAAGCAGAAGAAGCAGUGAAACCUAUGAAAGAGCCAGAUGUCAAACCUCAGAAGGACACUGGCUGCACCGUCUCCUAGAUGGUCACUGCUGUCUCUGCUGGGAGAGGCGAGAUGGCGGCGUCGGCCCGGGAACACCACCUGCCCUCUCUUGGAUGGUCUCUCUGAAGCCUACGGGGUGACUUGGUGCAUUCAGUGGGAGUCUGCCUUCAGCUUACUCUUCAUUUCCUGGAUAGUGGAGAUAUUCCAGAUAUUCAGGACAACACGGGCAAGAGUUCAUUGGGCCUCUGAAGGGCAUAUCGGCAUUGGCAUGGGGUUGGGGGUGGUGGCGACUUGUCUUUUUUUUUUCCCCUUUCAAACACUAGAUAGUAAUGUCUUUAGGAUAAUAGAGUCUGUUUUUCUUUUUUAAAAUAUCUUAUUUAUCUUAAUGAGAAAAAAGGUCUAGAGAGAGAACAAGAGACCAGAGCACUGCUCAGCUCUGGCUGAUGGUGAGAUUGAACCCAGGAACGAACUUAGGUAUGAAAGUCUUUUGCAGAACCAUUCUGCUAUCUCCGCAGCCCACAGUUACGUUUUUCUGUCUUCACAAAGGGCAUUUAUUCUUCUUCUUGUUAGAUGCCAGGAUUGUGGCAAACUUGUCAUGUUUUGUUGUCUUUUCUGGUGAAAAAAGCAUUUACAAUGAAAGAUAAAAUCUUCAUAACAGAUCCCUUAGAUAUGUUAGAAUACAUAAUUAAGCUCAAUCACAGGUAUAUCAAGACUAUUCAAGAACUUACUCUUAGUAGUUCUACACUUCAUUUCAGUCUCAGUAAACCUACAAAGAUUUUUUUUUUACAAGUACUUUUCUAUUUAUUUUUAAGGACACAGCUCUUGGUGUUUCUACAGGAGAAUAAACAGAAUGAAAUGCUUUUGUAGAAACCAAAGAAUCACAUGUAAAUUAAAAUACCUGUAACCUAAAAGAGAUAAGUUGUCCUGAAUUACACUGGCAAUUGACUUCUUUGUCACAGAAGUUACAGUAAAUGCAUUUGUCAACCUUCUAUAUAUGUUGUUUUCAUACAGUUUUGUCAUCGGCAUAACUUCACAGAGCUGUAUUGUUUGAGGCCAGAUUCCAGAGCAAAAACUUAAGAGAGCAAACAUAGUCUGAUCUUAAAGAUAGCUUGAAAUACUUGAAGCUUAGCUUAGCUUAGCAUAUAUAUAUAAACUUGGGGAAUAGUGGAUUUAUGUAGUACUUUAACAAACGUAAAACGACUGUAGGAUUAUCUUUUGAUUACCUCCUGAGGCAUUAACUAGUUUUCCUAUUAGAGGUGACUGACUGGUCGGUUCACUUAUUAGAAGUCAUAAUAGUCUAUGUUGAGAGUUAACUGUGCUGAGCACUUAAUGAAUCAUUGGAUCCACACAGCGACCCUGUGAGGAAAACCUACAUAAAGUAUUGAACUCUAGGAGUAAGCUUUGAUCAUGGAGAAUAAGUAGACUGCAUAUCAGAAUCAGUCUGUAAUCAAGUAGGUGAUGACAAGUCAUCGUUGACACUUUUAAAAAUGUUGCAUAGUAUCAGUGAGAUUUUUUUUUUUAAUAUAUGAAAAUGUUGAUUUAAUCACUGCUUGCAGUAUAUUUUAAUCCACAGUUGCCAGAGUUAGUGGAGUGGUAACAUUUUGCUGUCUACAGAAAAAUAAAGUCUUAAAUUUCACUGUA